AUGAUUCAAAGGAUCAAGGGAGGCUCAAGUAGUAUCGCGGAGGCUUCAAGACUGUUGCCGACAUGCUCGUUCAUACGCGGCUUCCGAGCAGACGCAACUGACCCGGAGACUCGCAGUGAAGACGCCUGUGAGGAUCAAUGUUGCAAAGGCUUGCUUGCGGAUCCGCCUGCUUACCGCGGACCCAUCCGGACAGCUCAGCCGAGGAAAGGCGAGCGGCGCAAGGCCCUCCCCGUCCUCGCUGGUGACCAGUUCACCAGCAACGUAGCAACUCUGCUGCCGCCGCUGACAGAGGGGGCCGUGCAGGGGCUCAAGGCCCUGGCGGCAUCAGGGCUGUACAAUAGCGAUAGCAGGGGUGCCGGAGGACCAGCGACGGCUGCAGGCACAUGCGAGGAUGCCGUGCAGUACGACGCUCACCAGGCUGCUCUUUCGGAGCUGUUGGACCGACUUCAGGCGCUGCAACAACAUUUGCAGGACUUCAUGUCCGACGACGGGAGCCGCAACGGCACAAUUGUCGCGCUCGCAACAAUUACCGAGGAGGACGGCGAUGAGCCAGGCGGACCGUACAUUCGCAACGAAGCAGACAGCCAAGACGUUGCGUGCAGUGGACCCGAGGGUCUUGAAGGCAGCGCGAGCUCAGACGGUCGCGUAGCGAAUGAGGGAUCAGGGUCGUCGUGUGCCGCGACUAUGCUGGGUCGAUGGCGACGGCGCCCUGCAGGAUGGCAGCAAGGCCCCCGACCGGCGCCGCCGUGGGACGACACGCAACCUUUCCAGACCCAUGUGGGCACAGUGUAUCAUUUCUGGCGGUUGUGUCCAUAUGGUUAG